AUGAUAUACAAAGGAAUCUACCAUCUCUUCUAUCAAUACAACCCAUACGGCGCCGUUUGGGAUGUAAGAAUCGUGUGGGGUCACUCCACGUCACUCGACUUAGUCAACUGGUCCCCACAACCUCCAGCUUUCAGUCCAUCUCAGCCGUCGGAUAUCAACGGCUGUUGGUCAGGCUCCGUAACGAUUCUACCAAACGGCAAACCCGUCAUCCUCUACACCGGCAUUGACCAAAACAAAAGUCAAGUCCAAAACGUCGCCGUUCCGGUUAACAUUUCCGAUCCAUAUCUCCGAGAAUGGUCAAAAUCGCCGGGAAAUCCGCUACUAGCUCCCAACGCCGUCAACGGAAUUAACCCCGACCGGUUCAGAGAUCCUACAACCGCGUGGCUCGGACGCGACGGAGAAUGGCGAAUGAUCGUCGGGAGCUCGACGGACGAUCGUCGAGGAUUAGCCAUUCUUUAUAAAAGCCGAGAUUUCUUCAACUGGACGCAAUCGUCAAAGCCACUACACUACGAAGACUUUACUGGAAUGUGGGAAUGUCCUGAUUUCUUCCCGGUUUCGAUAACCGGUUCGGACGGUGUAGACACGUCGUCGUUUAAUGAGACUACCAAACACGUACUUAAAGUGAGUUUGAUCGAGACGUCACACGACUAUUACACCAUCGGAAGUUACGAUCGUGAGAAAGAUGUUUAUGUACCGGAUAUUGGGUUUGUGCAAAACGGAUCGGCUCCGAGAUUAGACUACGGGAAAUUUUACGCGUCUAAAACGUUCUUCGAUGAAGUUAAGAAACGAAGGAUCUUGUGGGGUUGGGUUAAUGAAUCGUCGCCGGCUAAGGAUGAUAUCAAGAAGGGUUGGUCUGGUCUUCAGUCAUUUCCAAGAAAAAUAUGGCUAGAUGAAUCGGGAAAGGAAUUGCUACAAUGGCCGAUUGAAGAGAUUGAGACAUUACGUGGGACACAAACCAGUUGGCACAACAAAGUUCUUGGCGCAGAAUCUACUCAUCAAGUUCAUGGCGUUACUGCAGCACAGGCAGAUGUUGACGUAUCGUUCAAGGUAGAGAACUUGGAAAAAGCGGAUGUGAUUGAACCAAGCUGGACCGACCCGCAAAAGAUAUGUAGCCAGGAAGAUUCGUCAGUUAAUUCCGGUUUAGGGCCAUUUGGUUUGAUGGUUUUGGCAUCCAAUGGCAUGGAAGAGUACACGUCUGUUUACUUCAGAAUCUUCAAGUCAAAUGAUACGACUAAGAAUACUAAGUACGUAGUGUUGAUGUGCAGUAACCAAAGCAGAUCUUCGUUGAAUGAAGAAAAUGAUAAAUCAACGUUUGGUGCUUUUGUGGCGAUAGACCCUUCUCGCCAAACACUUUCUCUCAGGACUUUGAUUGAUCACUCUAUAGUUGAGAGUUAUGGUGGGGGAGGCAAAGUAUGUAUAACCUCAAGAGUGUAUCCAAAAUUGGCAAUCGGAGAAAAUGCAAAUCUCUUUGUCUUCAACAAAGGAACUCAAAGUGUUGAUGUCUUGAGCCUAAAUGCUUGGAGCUUGAAGUCUGCCCAAAUCAAUAGCGAGUCAAUGUCACCAUUUAUCGACUGUGAAGAUUCUCACUCACUUAAUCAGUCUUGA